UACUGCGUGUUUCAUUAAAUCGACUUUAAUCAAUUCAAUUUAUAUAGAAAUGUGCUUUGAGACUUUGACUUUACAUUUUUUGAUUUAGGACAUUCAAGUAAUAUUAAUAUGCAUUUGAUUUAUUGAGGUAUUUUGCCCUCUAUAUAACUAUUUCAUUUCUCUCUUGUUCAUAGUUUGUAUGUAGUAGAACCCUCAAAUUGAGCAGAAAAUCGAGCUAUUAUUGCAGCGAACGCAUGGAGCAACCCUCCAACGAGAUCACAUCCCCUCUCCUGAGCGGGGAAGAAGAAGAGACUUUUCAUGAAAAGUCAGCAAUAGAACAAGUGGCGCUAACGGUGCCAACCAGCGACGACCCUUCCCUCCCGGUUCUCACGUUCCGAAUGUGGGUCCUUGGAAGCCUCUCCUGCGUGCUGCUAUCGUUCCUGAACCAAUUCUUUUGGUACCGAACGGAACCCCUCAGCAUCACGGCUAUCUCGGCGCAGAUAGCCGUGGUGCCGUUGGGGCAGCUCAUGGCUUCCAAGAUCACGAAGCGCGUCUUCUUUAAAGGGAAGCGCUGGGAAUUCAGCUUCAACCCUGGGCCCUUCAACGUGAAGGAGCACGUUCUCAUCACUAUCUUUUACCGCAAGCACAUGUCCUUCUUUGUUGCCUUCCUUGUCAUCAUUACCACCCAGGUAUUAGGAUUCGGAUGGGCUGGCAUAUAUAGGAGGUACCUUGUGGAGCCAGCAGCCAUGUGGUGGCCAGCGAAUUUAGUACAAGUUUCACUCUUCAGGGCACUGCAUGAGAAGGAGCAACGAACCAAGGGAGGGUUAACACGAUCGCAAUUCUUCAUCAUAGCUUUUCUUUGUAGCUUCUCCUACUAUGUUUUCCCAGGCUACAUAUUCCAAAUGUUAACCUCUCUCUCUUGGGUAUGCUGGCUAUUUCCCAACAACGUGUUGGCCCAACAGCUUGGGUCAGGCCUUUACGGGCUCGGCAUUGGUGCCAUUGGAUUUGACUGGUCUACUAUUUCGGCCUACUUGGGAAGCCCACUUGCAAGCCCAUGGUUUGCCACUGCCAAUGUUGCCGCGGGAUUCGUGUUUGUGAUGUACAUUCUGACUCCAUUGUGUUAUUGGCUCAAUGCCUAUAAUGCCAAGACGUACCCAAUUUUCUCCGACGAACUGUUCACAGCAAAUGGAUCAAUUUACAACAUCACAGCCAUAAUUGAUUCCAAUUUUCACUUGGACAUAGCUGCUUACGAGCGACAAGGACGACUCCACCUCAGCACUUUCUUUGCCAUGACUUAUGGUGUGGGCUUUGCUGCACUAACUGCUACCAUUGUGCAUGUUGCUCUCUUCCACGGAAGAGAACUUUGGGAACAAAGCAAAUCAAGUUUUAAGGAAAAGAAAACGGACAUACACACCAAGCUUAUGCGGAGGUACAAGCAGGUUCCAGAGUGGUGGUUUGUGUCCAUACUCAUUGUGACAAUUGCUGCCACCGUCUUUGCUUGCGAGUACUACAAUGAACAGCUACAACUGCCUUGGUGGGGUGUUUUGCUCGCAUGUGCCAUUGCAAUCUUUUUCACUCUUCCAAUUGGGAUUAUUACAGCAAUCACAAAUCAGACGCCGGGGCUGAAUAUAAUUACGGAGUACAUCAUAGGAUAUAUCUACCCGGGAUACCCAGUGGCUAACAUGUGCUUCAAGGUUUAUGGUUACAUCAGCAUGACACAAGCCAUCACUUUCUUGCAAGACUUUAAGCUCGGUCACUACAUGAAGAUUCCUCCCAGAAUCAUGUUCAUGGCACAGGUGGUGGGAACGAUAAUCGCAGCUCUUGUGUAUUUGACUACUGCAUGGUGGUUAAUGGAAACAAUCCCAGACAUAUGUCAAGACACGUCCUCUGUUUGGACUUGUCCAAGCGACACAGUAUUUUACGAUGCUUCAGUGAUUUGGGGUUUGAUUGGUCCAAGAAGAAUCUUUGGAGACGAAGGAAUUUAUUCUCAAAUAAAUUGGUUCUUUUUGGGUGGAGCCAUUGCUCCUUUACUCGUAUGGUUCGCUGUAAGGGCGUUCCCACAACAGGAGUGGAUUAGCCUCAUCAACAUGCCUGUGUUGAUAGGUGCCACGGGGAUGAUGCCGCCGGCAACGGCGGUGAACUACACAAGUUGGAUCGUUGUUGGAUUUUUCUCUGGAUUUGUUGUGUACAGGUACAAGCCAGAAUGGUGGCAACGCCACAAUUAUGUGCUCUCUGGAGCUUUGGAUGCAGGCCUUGCAUUUAUGGGAGUGCUUUUGUAUCUUUGCUUAGGAUUAGAGGACAUUAGUAUUAAUUGGUGGGGCAACCACCUUGACGGUUGUCCGUUAGCUGGCUGCCCCACUGCAAAAGGUGUUUACGUUCCUGGUUGUCCGAUCCCUUUUUAAAGUCUGAUCUCUUUUUAGAGAGAAAUGAAAAUUUAUGUCGCAAAUUAAUUUUACGGUUCCGCUACGUUACCAACAGCAUUUCUGCCAACUUCUGCCAACUCUUAUGUAUAAUUGUGUUUAAUGGAAGU